AUGCGCCUCUCCAGGCCUCGACUGAGGGUCUCCCAGCCUCAGUCGGCUUUUGCACAGGGUAAUGCGCGAUGGACAAAUCUUGACUUGGACCCGAUUCCUUUGCUGGGAAGGAAAUGGGGUGUAAUGAGUUUGAUAGCAUACUGGAUCUCCGACGCGUUCAAUGCAGCGACGUGGCAAUUCGCUAGCAGUAUCAUCGCCGUCGGUCUCACCUAUCGCGAGGCCAUUGCUAUCGUCGCCAUAUCCUUUUUCAUUAUUUCCUUCGUUAUUGCUGGUAAUGGUGCCGUGGGCGCCAUCUACCACGUCCCUUUCCCUGUGAUUGCACGUGCCAGCUGGGGGUUUUGGGGCUCAUAUAUCGCCAUUAUCUCUCGAGUGAUUCUGGCUGUAUUCUGGUUCGCUAUUCAGAAUGUGAAUGGUGGGAAUUCGGUUCGCGUUAUGAUCGGGGCUAUCUGGCCCAGUUACUUGAACCUUCAUAAUGAUAUCCCCGAGUCACAGGGUAUCACGACUAAUGGGAUGGUUGCGUUUUUGAUCUUCUGGAUCUUCCAGUUCCCCUUCUUGUGCAUGCAUCCGAAUAAGCUGCGCUGGUUGUUCACUAUCAAAGCCAUCGUCGUCCCGAUUGCCUGGAUUGCCAUCUUGAUCUGGGCUUUUGUCGCUGAGAAAGGUGGUGGUGGAAUCUUUGAUCAGCAGAAGGCGACUGUCUCGGGAUCUAAGUAUAGUUGGCUAUUCCUGGCAAACAUGACCUCCGUCCUGGGGAAUUAUGCUACUCUCAGCGUUAAUCAGUCCGACUUUUCUCGAUAUUCCCGCGUCAACCCCCGUUGGCAACUCCUCUACAUCCCCAUGCUCCCCAUAAUCUUCACCUUCAUCUCCUUCAUCGGCAUUGCCGCUUCCUCCGCCGGCCAAGCCCACUACAACCUCGCCUCUAUCCCUUGGGACCCUAACGAACUCAUCAGCCACUGGCCCAACCGCGCCUGCCGCUUCUUCGGCGCAGCUUCAUUCGCCAUCGCCUCGCUGGGCGUCAAUAUCUCGGCCAAUUCACUCUCCGCCGCGAACGACUUUACCGCCCUAGCACCGAAGUUUUUGAAUAUCCGUCGCGGCCAGAUCUUAUGUGCCCUGUUGUCGUGGGCACUGGUACCAUGGAAGAUCCUUGCGUCCGCGGAUAACUUUUUGAGUUUUAUGAGUGCUUACGCUAUUUUCUUGGGCCCUAUUGCUGCGAUUAUGUUGUUUGAUUUUUGGAUUGUUAAUCGCGCGAAGUACGAUUGUCUUGCCCUGUAUCAGCCAAUGAAUCCGAUUUAUCGGUACGUGUGUACGGUGCCGUUCAUGUCGGGGAAAACUAUCUGGGGAGUGAAUUGGCGUGCGGUGGUCUCGUUCCUUGUGGGUGUUGUCCCAUCGCUCCCUGGUUUGAUCAAUACGGUGAAUUCCAAGAUUGAUGUCGGGGUCGGUGUACAUCCUUAUCAGUUUGGCUGGUUAUUGGGAUUCUCUGGUACGGCGGUGGUUUAUUUGGCUCUUUCGUGGUUGUUCCCUGUAACGGAGACGCAGAUUCCACGUGCUGUGCUUCCGGAUGAGAUUUAUGAUGAGAGAACUGUUGUGGUGGAGGGCGUGGAGACGGAUGGUUCGGAGCAAAUGUCGGCUACUUCUCGUGGUGAAAAGAUACCGACCGAGUCGGAGAAGACUGUCUAG